AUGGUUCUGCGAUUCAGCUUCUCGCUGUUCGAUGAAAUAUGGGAGUCUAACCAUAAGGCUCAUGCAAUUGCAUUUCAGGUUGAAAAGGACUGCCAUAUCAUUGUCGGCUGCUUGGAACAAUCCGAAGACGGCACAAUUUUUGUGAAGCAAAACCUGGCGCUCUACAUUUAUCGAGACUCGGUCGGUUGCUUUGCUGGAAGAAUCGUCUGCAGCCGACUUGACAUGAGAUGUUUCCGACGAUGUCAGUACGACGGCUACUUGAAAGCUAACGAUGCCGAAAUCUAUCUGCCCUAUAUGAAUGAGUCACAACUAAUCGCCACUGGUCAAAUGGAUAUUCUUGUCUCACCACUAACUUUGAAAGGGAACAGGCGCCUCACGAAUUGCGAGCACAAGCAGAAUCACGUGAAACGCUGUCACAUAGUUGUUGAGGAAAUGUUCCUCAAUGAAGGCACGCUGGCUUGUAACUCGCUGGAUAUUGUCGGCGAAGGUGUGCUCGAAAAUAAGAACAGGAUCUUUGCCGUUGAUAGUAUGGACAUUCGUCUGAACAACUUCAGCAACGACGAUGGACUGAUGGAAUCCAAGAAUUCGAUCAAAUUACUCUCAGCCACGAAGGAAUGGACGAAGCUGGGCGGCUCCAUCAAAGCCAAGCGUGGAUUCGAUCUGUGUGCACACAAGCUGGAUAUGGCUCUGAACGACGUGCACAAGCUGAUCAACGAGAAGAAGCUCUCGUUUCUCGGCGAGAAGCGAUCUGAUCAUUUCGACAAACAUUUGUGA